CCCGCCCCGCCCCGCCCCAGAACCAUGGGCAGGGUCAAAUUCCAGGCAAGGUCCACCAGAGGGGGGCAGUCUUUCACUCACCCCGCAUUCUCAACCCACACGUCCAAGGUUUCCUCCUAGGGGCAGGGCACCUUUCUCUCCAGUCACCCCACCCUGGAGGGCCAGGAGCUCCCCCAGAGCCACCAUUGCUCCUUUCAGCCAGGGAUCCCACCCACAGCUGCCUGAAUCCCACAGGGCUCAGCCACAGCAGAAGAGGAGACUACAAGGGCGGAAACUGACUGGAUUUCCCCCCCUCCGUGACCCUCCCUGGCUCCCUUCCCUCUACCUGAACUACUCAGAAAACUCAGGUGCUCCGAAAACAGGACAAGUAGUUCUACCCCACAGGCGGACUCGGCACUUGCAGGCAGAAACCCAACAAUCCCCACGCUGAGCCUGGGAUGGGAGACCACCAGGGAACCCCCAGCACUUGGCCUCGACCGGGAGGUUAGAGACCCACCCCAGGAGGCGGCAAAGGCUUCUUUUGCAGGGCCACCCAGAAUCGGGAGGGAGGCAUGUGGUGCCCGAGUCUUUCUGACUAGAACUUCACCCCCACCCAGACAUUCAGCCCGGGAUGAAGUUCAACCCACCGGGAGGUCGGGCAGCUGCUGUCUCCAUGUAGUGAACCUCUUUCUAACGUCCAGGGGGAGAUUCAGCUUAGAGCCCCCCUCCUCCUCCUCCCCAAAGAGUUCAGCCGGGGUCACCCGAAUAGUCCGUGCCGAACUUCCUGCUGAGUCCCCAAUGGGUCUCUCCAAGGGCAGCCCCGACGCCUCUUCCUCCUCCUCCUCCGCAGGGUUUCACGGGCGCCCUUCGCUUCUCCAGGGCCACUUUCCCACCUUCUCACUCGAGCCCGCAGCCCACGAGUCCCCGGCGCUCUCGCAUCCGCUGCCAGCCGAAGCCGCUCACCCUUGCCCGCAGCCCCCCGCCGGGAGACUCCGGGGAGUUUCCUGGGGCAAUUGGCGGGCCGCCGGGAGAGAGACCGCGGGCGAAGAUGGGCCGGAGCUUUGGUCCGGCAGGGCCCGGCUUCUGCUCCCUGCCGGGCUGCACCAAAGCGGCGGAACGGCCAAAUGCCCCAGGAGGGCAGCCGGCCAAGCGCCCGCGGCCAAAACGGGCACCCUCCAGCGCUGCCUUGGCGAGGAAACGCUCGGAAUCGCCGCCAUCGCUCCACCGGGCGUCUCGAGGCAGGCAGGGCAAGAGAGGCCGCCGCCGCCGCCGCCUUGUUCGACCGGGGAGAGCAAGGGAGGGAGCGGUCCGCGGCGAGCCGCCCGGCCUCUUCUGGCUCGCUCUCCCGGAUGCCCCGGAGGGCUGACGGAGCCGCGCCACAGUUGCCAGCCCCCCCCCCGCGCUGCGGCCACCGGCAAGGCUCCCGGCUGGUCGGGCUCGCCCCCAACCCCGCUGCAGGCUCGGGCAGGCCCCCUUCCGCCGCCGGGCUCCGAGAGCGGCGGCCCCUGCAGGCCCAGCGGGAGGAUCAACCCCGCCAGGCGCGGCAGCGGACGCCGGGCGGGAGGGCUCGCCGCUAGUCCCCUGGGUGGCGGGGCCGCGGCCACGCGAGCAGCCCAGCGGCCAAGGCGGGACCUGCCGGGAGCGGCCGAGGGAGGGAUGGGCACCGCUCGGGCAGGGCGGCGGCCGGACCGCCCCAGCCGCUAGCGGGCUAGCGGGCUAGCGGCGCGGCCGGCCUCCCCGGACGGCGCGGGGAGACCGCUGGGGCCCGGCUGCUGCCCAGCCGCUCCGCAGAGGCUCCGAGGGCGACGUCGCAGCGGGCGCCCGGCCUGACCGCCACGGCGGCGGCUGCACGUGGAGGGGCGGGGCCGCUGCCCUGCUCGGGGACGGCGCUUGGCCCGUCG